AUGGCUGAUACUUUUCAAUUUGACUAUUCUACUACUGUUGCCAACACCACUAGCAUCAACACAUUCACAGUAACAACACCCACAAGCAGUGAUUUUAAUAUUGAAGAAGACGAUUGGCAAUGGGAUGAACGUCUUCGACUCAUUAAUGAAUUUGAUAAUUGGACAAGUGGUAAUGAUAAAUUAGACAGAUUCAUUCAACAAACACAAUUAGAAAAUCCACCUGACGCAGAAGAAUUAGUUGACAUCCUAACAACACCCUAUGCUUUUCAUCGACGUCUUCUUGGGUUAGAUGAGGAUUCGUUGAAUGGUUUAGAGGAUGUUAAUGAUUUUGAUUCAUUCGAUGAAGUAUUAAAUUCGCACAUUACAGACGCAAGGUAUCCGGUUACACCUGACAUUCAUCCAUUCGCUAUCUACACAAGUGACUUCCUAUUAUUUCCAAAUUUACCCACACCUACCAAUUCCAUACCGAUUCCUGAUUCAACAGAGGAGGAUGUAGCAACUUCAUCGUUUUCCAAUGUAAAUAUAAAUGAAGCAGAUUCGGCCUUUGAAGAAUAUAAUACAAAUUUCCCACCACCAGAACUUUCAGGACCAGAAACUGAUACUGAAGAAGACGAAGAGGUUUUUAUUCCACCACCUUCAUUUCAAAUAACGAGAAGAAAAUCAAUUGCUCCACCACCAAUUUUAAAAAUAUAA